AUUUUCAAGGCAUUUUUAUUAAUUUUUCUCUGAAACUAUACAUUUCUGGCUAGCAUUAGUGGCAAAACAAAUUAAUAAAAAUGCAGUUCAACGUUAUCGUCCUAAUUUUUGCUCUUUUACUGGCUUUAGUUUCGGCGAGAAUCGAUCCACAAAACUUAAGAUGUUUAGUAUGCCGGCAGACCUUCGAGGAGCUUAACAGAGCGAUAAAGAAGAUAGAUAAGUGGAAAAAAGUUGAUGUGGGUAACUUCAGGAUGGAUGCCAGUGGCAACACGCUGCAGGACAAGGUUCCAGCCCAUCGAUCAGCAGUCUACAUCUCGGAGAUGAUUGAUGACAUCUGCAAGAAAAUGGACGACUACGUACGUGUGUAUUACAAAGCAACUGGGAAACUCGCCAUCAUGCAACUGAUAAUGGAAGAUGGCAAGAUGAACGUCGAGUUUUCCAAGACCAAAUUCGUCACUGAUGAUGACUUGAAUAAGAGCUUGGAGUAUUAUUGCGAACGUAUGUUUGAAGCAAAUGAAGAUGAGAUCACGGACUUAUACAAGAACAGACCUCACGACGACAUCAUGCCUGAUGCUGAAAGAGAGAUUUGUUUUAAACAUACACAAUACUGCGAGGAAUGGAUGCUGCCUACAGAAGAGGACACUACAUGGACCCCGGAGAUGGAAGCUGAAUAUGUCAAGGUUCACGGUCCCGAUCCAUACGGGUUUGGCAAUUUUGCGCCGCCUGCGCAGCAAAUGAUGCCGGACCUGGCCGACGACGAAGACGACUCGGAAGACAUACCAGCUGAAGAAGAGCAAGAGCUAAAAGAUGAAUUGUAAGAGAAAGGGUUUGUUUUGUGGAAUAAUGUGUAGGGUGUAAGGGGUGUGCCAAAAACUUAUAUGAUUUUAUAAGAGUAUAAGCUACUAUUAUAUUUGUUAAUGUUCUUAGAUUAUACCCGUAUUCAGCAGGGGCCGUAUAUGGGCUCCUACAAAAUAUAAAUGUAUAAGAUAUUAGACAACACCACAUGCGUUGCUUUGAUUUCAAAGUAACUAAAACAAUUGUGGUAUGGAAACCGGAAACAAUGACGGCAUUCUGA